UGGAUGGAGACUACGCGCCGCAUCGCCAAGGACCGGCUCUCAGCCGCACUGUCCCCCUUCACGGCCACGCGGCGCAUCGGGCACCCCUACCAGAACCGGACACCGCCCAAGCGCAAGAAGCCGCGCACGUCCUUCUCCCGGGUGCAGAUCUGCGAGCUGGAGAAGCGCUUCCACCGGCAGAAGUACCUGGCCUCGGCCGAGCGUGCCACCCUGGCCAAGGCACUCAAGAUGACGGAUGCCCAGGUCAAGACUUGGUUCCAGAACCGCCGCACCAAGUGGAGGCGUCAGACGGCGGAGGAGCGCGAGGCGGAGCGGCAACAGGCCAACCGGCUGAUGCUGCACCUGCAGCAGGAGGCUUUCCAGAAGAGCCUGGCGCAGCCCCUGCCGCAGGACCCGCUCUGCAUGCACAACUCCUCGCUCUACGCCCUGCAGAACCUCCAGCCCUGGGCCGAGGACAACAAGGUGACGUCGGUCUCGGGGGUGGCCUCGGUGGUGUGAGGGCCCCGGGUGUCGCCGACGUGCCGGGAGGUGGCAGUGGGAGCCCAGCCCGCAGCAGGGAGGGGACUGCGGCUUCCUGGGGACCUCCCAUGGGCAGCCCCCUCCCUGCCACUGACAACCCCCUGGGACCCCCCAGCUGGGUGGCCGUGCCCCUGCAAUUGGACUCAAAGCUUUACCAAAUCCCACGUGGAGCAGUGCCGUGGGCAGCCCCCUGCUCGGACCCCUGGGAGCCCACAGACAGGCCCCUACACCCUGCGGGGCUCUGCAGCCCCCCCACCCCAGGGUCUCUGUGCCAGGGCAGCUCCUUG